AUGUACCAGAAUGGCGGCUCGCUCUCCGCUGAAAUACCAGGCCUUGCGCCCAUGCAGGCUCUCCCCCCAGACACCGUCGCCGAGCUGAACAUGUCGGUCGAGGACAUGAUGCCCAUGGAAAUGGACCUGUCGCAGUUCGACGACGGGUCUGUUUCCACCCCGCAGGCCAAUUACUCCCCGUUCCCCGGGCAGCUGCAGCAGCAAAUGUCCACCGCCAGCAACCCCAACGAUGCUUUUGCGCUGCAGCAGGACACCACCAUGACGGGCGCCGGCGCCGGCCCGCUGCCCACCGGCUUCGGCGCCCCCAGUCUUAACCCUUCCGGCAGCACCCUCACCGAAUUCACCAAGCGGCGUAACUGGUCGCAGCGGGUGCUCGAGGAACUGCGCGACCUGCUGCACAUUCUCACACCCGACGGCCGUAUUCUUUAUGCCUCGCCAUCGUGUAAAGCUCUUACCGGGUGGGAGCCGCAGCAGCUCAUCGGCCGCUUUGUUGGCGAGUUUAUACACCCCGACGACAGCGGCAUUUUCGUGAAAGAGUUCAACGAGUCAAUAGCCUCAGGCAACCCCCUCCGCUUCUUCUACCGAUUUCGAAAGACCGACGAGACAUGGGUCAUCUUCGAGGCUCACGGCCACCCCCAUCUGAGCAGCGACCCGAGCACGUUUGCGCCACCGAACACAAUGAACUGCCGCGGCUUCUUCAUGAUGGCCCGCCCGUACCCGACCAAGAACGCCGCGCUGCUGGACUCCUUCCUCGAGCACAAGAUCGAAAACGAGCGGCUUAUGAAGCGCAUCGCCGAGCUUAAGCGGGAAGAGCAGGAGGAAACAGAGGCGCAGGAGCGACACUGGCAGAAGAAAGCAGAUAACGUGUCAUCCGUGACGCCCUCGGCCACGGAAACACAGGGACAGACCGAAAGUGUGAGCGCAAGCGCCAUGGCGGCAUACAACGCCAUGCCCCCGCCCGCGAAACCAGGCGUCUCGAACACGGCGCUCACCCGCCAGAAUCUGGAUGAGGCGCUGGCUGCAAGCAAGCCCGACAGUAUAAAUGACAAGAUGGCGCGCUACGAGGGAGCCACCCACCUGGAAACAAUAGAAAUGUUGACUGGUCUGCGCUACCGCGACGGAGAGCGGUCCCAGGGUAUUAGUACAGGCGAGCACAGCCCGAUGUUAAUAAGAGGCGAUGCCGGGAUCCAGAUAUCGCUGGACCGCGACGGUAGGACCUCGUCAGACAAGAAGAAGAAACUCAAGAUUGCGGACGAAUAUGUGUGCACUGACUGCGGCACCCUGGAUUCGCCUGAAUGGAGGAAGGGUCCCAACGGACCGAAGACGCUAUGCAACGCCUGCGGAUGUGAGCUACUGAACUUUGUCAUUUUUGUAUCUUUACUAAUUGUUGCAGUGCGCUGGGCAAAGAAGGAGAAGAAGAAGCAGAGCCAAACAGGCAAUGGACAGUCCUCGCACACGCCAGGCCUGCCGAUGCAUUCGAGUACAAACAGUAGCUGA